AUGGAGGCUCCGCUGCUUAACGAAUUCAAAAAAGAAGACGGCGAUUACUUGCCAGUGCGGAGCUUAAAAGACAUAAAAUCUGUGUUUUGGGAGGAGACUGUCAAGAUGUGGGAGUUAGCAGGUCCAGUGAUUAUCACUUUACUUUGUCAGUUUGGCAUAAUCUCUUCUAUCGCCAUGUUUGUUGGCCAUCUUGGAGACCUUGAGCUUUCUGCCGUUUCCAUUUCACUCACUGUCAUUGGCACCUUCAGCUAUGGCUUCUUGGUACUCUGGUAUAUGACAAGCAUUGUUAUUCUUACUGGGCAUCUUGAUAAUUCAGUGGUGGCUGUUGAUUCCCUCUCUAUCUGCAUGCUUAUGAAUAAUUGGGAAAAUGUGUUGUUCAUUGGAAUCAAUGCUGCUAUAAGCGUUCGAGUAUCGAACGAGCUUGGGUUAGGACAUGCAGUAGCUACAAAAUACUCAGUUUACGUGACAGUAUUUCAAUCUCUCGUUAUUGGGCUAGUUUUUAUGGUGGUUGUGCUGUUUGCCAAGGAUUACAUUGCUAUCUUUUUCACAAGUAGCAAAAUCAUGCAAGAGAGUGUCUCUAAACUUGCAUUCCUUCUUUCCAUAACCAUGGUUCUUAACAGCGUUCAGCCAGUAAUAUCAGGUGUUGCGGUUGGUGGGGGCUGGCAAGCGUUGGUGGCAUACAUCAACAUUGGGAAUUUGGAGUGGAAUGAUAGCAGGAACGGCUUUGCAGACCCUUAUGCUUCUGCUCGUACUCUACAAAACCAACUGGAAGAAAGAGGAAGCAUGACGAAUACUAAACUUGUGGAUCACUUGCAGGUGGAACAAUCAACAGAACGCAUGAAGAAGUGGGCUGGGAAAGAUGUCACAGAAUUUAGCUCAGUAGACUGGAAAUAG